GUUACGGUGUAAAUUUCCACCUGCCUCCUUCCACUGCUGCUCAUUUCGAAUGCAGCGUGCGUAGAGCUCAGGCAAAUUUGUCUCAGCAGAGUGUCAUGCUGCUUCUCUUCUUCACUGCAGCUCUCCGGAGGUGAAAGAGCUCUGGCUGGAUACCCUUCUCCGACAAACAAGAGCCAUCAAAGGAGCCAGAGUCGCAAAAGUUGCAUCAGUUAAAUUCCUGAUGAAGGUGCUAAGCAGCUGCAAUGCACCCAAAAGCUUAAAUGGAAGUGACAUGGAGGCUUUGAUUGCAUGCCAGUCAGAGGAUGAAAUCAAGAAAUGCCAGUUUUUCAUACCGUGUGAUAGUGACAGUGGGCUGUGUCAUCUGAUCGAUAGCAAUAAGAAAAGAAAGAAAGCAACAUAUUGGCCAUUUACACUGAGACGCCUUACCACUGGGUCAGAGACUCUGGGACACCUAGAACCUGACCUGAAGCCUUCUCUGUUUGAUCAGCCAUUGUCAAUUGUUUGCAGUGAGGAAGACAUGCUUCCCGGAGCAAUACAGGAUAUACUUACAAUACUCUUCCUGAACGGGCCCUUCACAGAAGGAAUAUUCCGGAAAGCUGCCAAUGAGAAAGCACGCAAGGAGCUGAAAGAAGAAUUAAACUCUGGAGGGAAAGUUGCCUUUGAAAACGAAUCUGUGCACCUGCUGGCAGUGGUCCUUAAGGAUUUUCUCCGAAACAUUCCUCAUAAACUGUUGCUAUCUGAGCUUUAUGACGAGUGGAUGACAGCACUGGAGAAGGUGAAUCAUCAUGAAAAAAUUGAAGCAAUGAAAGAGGUUGCAGGCAAACUACCAAAGCCAAACCUUAUUUUGCUCAAGCAUUUGCUCUGUGUGCUUCGCCGCAUUAGCAAAAGUUCCGAAAUCAACAAGAUGGAUUCCAGCAAUCUUGCAAUCUGUUUUGGGCCAACCAUGCUGACUCCGGAUUGUGACCAAAGCCUUCCACUUGAAGUCCAGAAAGAGCUGACCGAUAAGGUGAAGACACUGGUGGAAUUUCUCAUUGAUCAUUGUUCUGAUAUAUUUGGGGAAGAAAUCCACUCACUAUUCAGUAUCUCGGCUGAUGAUUCCCUGGAUAGGACAGAAGCUCUGUCUGCCAGCCCGCAGCAUGAUUCUGCCUACGACAGUGCCGACCUUGAAGGAGAAUGCGAUUCCAGUGAUCUCCAGCCAGAGGAUCCACAGCAAGCCAAUGGAACAGGCAACAGGCCGAGCCAUGCAGAAUUCUCCUCACAACAGCCCCUCAUCCAGUCCACCUCUCUCUCCACACUGAGCCGUUUAAAACAGUCUGUAGGCAAACUGGACCGUAGAUUCUCUGAACCAGACAUGUUCUCUUCUAAGGGCUGCCAAGAACACCAAAUGAAAAGCCAGAAGCUCGCCAGAACCGGGGAGAAUUUCAGUCAGCAAAAGGAAGCAGGGUUGAAGUGCCAAGAGCUGGGAAUGCCAAUGGAAAGUCAGCCUUCUCUUUCAGGCAUUUACAGGAACAAAAAACCACCAAACCUAUCUAUCAAAGCAGAUGUGCAGGCAGAACUAUCAAGCCACUCCUUGCCCAGAAGCUCCUCCAACAGUUCAUUAGACAGCGCCUCCUCGACCUCUGACUCGUCUGUCUUCACCAGCUCACCAUUGACAUCGCCGAGCCACAAAAAUGCCUUAACUCAGCCACAGUCCUCUUCCCUCCAGGUUUCAGAUGGAAAUGACACAUCCAUUCCAAAUCUCAAGAGGCAUUCCAUGUCAUUUUCUGUGUUGCGCAAGAAGGGGCUAGCAAAGAGCCAGAGUUGCCAUUCAGCAGGCUUUCUAAGAGACAGUUUCAAAAGGGACUCCAAGAAAGAGAGACAUCUUUCCUGCCGAAUUGUUCACACGCCUUGUGUGGAUAGCUAUAAGCCAGCACCGCUUGGGUGUCAACCCAAGUCUACUUUCAUGUCAGCAGAUGAGGUUUUCCACCUCGUGGAUCAAAAGAACCCUGGAAAGCCUCCAUCCUACGAAGAGGCUACCAAAAACUGGCCAGCUUGUAGACUUCCUUCAUAUGGUAGCUCAACAGUUCAAAAUACGAGGUCCACUGUGCUGCCUCCAUCUGUUGAGCAUCAACAUCCCAGGCUCAGCAGAGAAGCUGCAAACAAGGAGCCUAAGGACCUUCCUAGUGACAGGGUCUUUGUGAACAGUGAUUCAAAGGACAAACCUGUUGAUGUUGUCAUUGGGAUACAUUCCAGAGCUAAUUUGCCUCUGACCCCUCAAGUCUAUCGCCUUAGGACCAUGUCUGGCUCUUAUCAAAAGAACAAGCAAGAAUAUCUGGUUCGGCGGUGCAGUCAGCCAACCUUUGACCACAUUCAGUGUGCAAAGGAGUCCUAUGUUUAGGACUCUGUCUUGUUUCAGCACAGCAAUGUGAAAGCAAUUUUUUUUUUGCCCAAUAUUACCGCACCUAACAUAAGCUCACCUGUAUCUACCUUUCCUAAAAAGAAGUAGUUUUUGCAGUGUCACAUGGAAUGUAUGCUGCUCUCCUAUACUCUGUACAGUCCUUAUACAUAAUGGAUGUAUUUGUGGAUAUCAACAUUUGUGAAUUUUAAAAAUACAUUUUAAAGCUGAGCAAGAGGAGUGGUUUUGCCCAUCUUGUCCUCACAGAAGUCCUACAUCAUUUGAUUUAUUUCUUCCCCCUUAAAAACAGAGACAGGAGUUCAGCACCCACAGAAUUCAAGAAGAUGAAGUUGGCCAGGGGUAGGGGGGUUGCUGUGCAGCCCAUCUGAACCCAGUGACAAAGCAAAAUUGUCCUUUACAACAUAUCAGGUUGUAUUGCCUUGUUUGGUUACACACUACCCAAGCAAUACCAUUUCCUAUUUAGAUGCGAUUUCCUGCUGAAAGAAACCACAAUCUUAUGAAAUGGACCCUGUGAAAAGAUGCAGAACUCACUUUCUCUAAAGGUCCUAGUAGGUUAACCACCCUCAUCUGAAUCAUCUUUUGUGCUGCAUUAGGGGCCACAAAAGCAUUUGUACACUAAACAUUGUGGUGCACACACACACGUGUGUGUGUGCACACGUGUGUGCGUGCGAGA